CCCCCAUCACGUCUUGACAGUCGGAAGGCGGGCGAUGGAACACGACAAGUCGGACCGGACCACCAAGGCUUCGCUCUUUGAUUGGUCCAUCCCAAGGCCUGGUCUGGCCUGCUUGCCUUUCUGCCUGCCCUAGUUAAGCUCGAAUCUAGAGUAAGGAACAUUGGAAAACGGGCUAUAUAGACACCUUCACUUACUCACUCGCUCAUACACAAACAAACAGGGAACUAGGAACAGCGAGUGACUUCAGUGAAUCCAACUCUCCGCGUCCGUUGCACUCGAAGGGGGCACAGGGACCGCCUAGCGUCGAUAGGCCGCUUGUUCCUUGGACUUUUCUUCCCUCUAUCUUAGCUUCCAUGCAUCCUCCACCUUCCAUGUAUCCAAUUCAUCUAUCCGUCUAAUCUGUGGUGUGUUCUUUCCUUGCCAGAAGACACUCACCUACCCUACUCCCUCACUCCCUCACUUACUCACUCAUUUGGCGAGUCAGACAGUGAUUGGCCCAGAUUGGCAAAAAUCCGCUUGAACCACUAGCACAUUCUCAAAGGUUGGAUGGAAAGCUCAUCAUGGUCAACAAGCACGGCGGAUGGACACAAUAACCCAAAAGCCAACCGAGCGACAUGCCUUGAAGUGCAGUGAACAUUCUCUCCACACUCCAACCCGCAUCAUGAUCCGGAUGAUACAGCUCAAAACAGAAUAAUUGACCGUUACACUCCCAAACUCGAAAAAGAACGAGACGUAGUGGUAAAACAUGGAACGACAAGCUCACCCGCGGAACAGAAUCGGAGGGACUGUGUCCUCCAUCACGACUCCCAAACGCCAAAUUGCCGGUCUUUAUGACUUAGAGGAAACCUUGGGUGAAGGUCAUUAUGCUGUGGUCAAGUUAGCCAGCCAUGUUUUCACGGGUGAAAAAGUGGCCGUGAAGGUCAUUGAUAAGACCAAACUGGAUGCGGCCACCAAAAUCCAAAUGCUUCAGGAGGUGCAACUCAUGAAACUAGUGCAGCACCCGCACGUGGUUCGAUUGUACGAGGUGAUCGACACGCAAACCAAAUUAUACCUAAUCUUGGAAUACGCUGAUGGUGGCGACAUGUACGACUACAUCAUGAAACACGAAGGGGGUCUCUCUGAAGACCAAGCACGGACUUACUUCAAGCAAAUCGUGACAGCUAUCCAAUAUUGCCAUCGGCUACACGUAGUGCACCGUGACCUGAAGCCCGAAAAUGUAGUGUUCUUCGAGAAACUGGGCAUUGUGAAAUUAACAGACUUUGGGUUCUCGAACCAAUUCAACCCAGGUCAAAGGCUCGAGACCAGUUGCGGCAGUUUGGCGUACUCGGCUCCAGAAAUUCUCUUAGGCGAUGCUUACGAUGCCCCUGCCGUUGAUAUCUGGUCAUUGGGUGUGAUCUUGUACAUGCUUGUGUGCGGAAGUGCCCCGUUUCAAGAGGCCAAUGAUAGCGAGACAUUGACGAUGAUCAUGGAUUGCAAAUACACAUUUCCCAAGCACAUCUCAUCCCAAUGCAGAAGCUUGAUCUCUCGCAUGCUACAACGCAAUCCGGAUGCUCGAUCUUCCCUCAUGGACAUCGUAGAAGACCCGUGGUUAGGAGGUGGGGCCGACGAAGAGGGAAAUGCUAUUCCAACCAUCCAACAACUGCCUUUGGUGUCCAGGGAGCACCUCACUGAAGAAGAACACGCCUACAUAUUAAAGAAGAUGGAAAGCGGAAAAAUCGCACCCAGAGAUGAGAUUAUUCACUCCUUGGACAUGAAUGAGUACAACCACAUCACGGCCACCUACUUCUUAUUAGCCGAGAGGAAAUUGCGCACACAACGAGCAGAUCUAGCAUGCCGGAUGAGCCGCUCAGACGGCGGAAGUGCGGCUUUUUCCCUGGAUGAAAAGCCCCUUGUGAGCGUAGCCAGUUCUGUACCAUUGAGUCAAAGUCUCGAUUUUCGAUCAGGGCCGCCAAAUGUGUUUUUAGAAAAGCCAUCUCCCAUGGUCGAUAGUCUGUUGUCGCCGGAAAGCGACAUUGCCCCGGUGUCAUCUAGUUCUCCCAAUCGAAGGCGCCUCAACAAGUUGCGCAACAUAUCCAUUGUAGAAGAGGAGGACGAGCGGGAUUCUGCGGAUGAGGGUAUCAAGAUGAUCCCGCUAGAUCCCGCCAACAAGGUUCUCUCUCAUCAUUCUUCUACCUCGUCCUUGGCAGAUAAACCCCUCGUGGUGGGUAGUCCCAAAUCACAUGCGUUCGACAUUGGGGUUCUUGCAGCUAGUCUGCGAAGCCAGCUAAGCAUGACCGGUGUUGGAGGCGGGGAUAUCACACCGAGUGCCAAUCCCCCGACGCCCUUCCCAGUGUCUUCUCAAAUUGGUACGGGUGGUCUUAGCCGUCAAGGGUCUCUUCGACGAGUGGACACCGGACCCGCCUCAGCGUCCCCAGCUUCCGAUAGAAAAUCCAUACCGAGCUCCCCGUCCACACCUCCGGGUUCAAAUGGUUCGAGCAAUCAGAACUCUCCUGCGAGGUUCAAAAUGGCGAAGAAACUGGUGUCCACCCGGAGCUCGCCCCAGCUCUUGAACCAGAUACACGAGGAAGCGGAAGAUUCCUCGGGAUCGAGAACAGCUUCCUUACGCUUUCUAGAAGAGGAUCCGGUGGAUAGUUUCCCAUCCAGUGCCGCGGGAGUGGCGGUAAUCCGGAGGCUAGAAGCUAGGAGAAAAUUGCACAAGGCCCGAGCUCAGUCUUGUUCAAGCUCAGAUGCGAGUGACGAUGAUUCAGAGUCCAAGAAGAAACGCCACGAGAAGUCCCGCACGCCACCUUAUAAUAUUCCCCGGAGGCGGGACUCGCAACACGACGAUUCAAGCGACAGUCAAGAGCCUGGAAUGGGAGGAGCGACCUCGGCAGCGGCUUUUAGAGCCCAGCAAGCUUCUAGCUCAAGUGGUAUAGCUGCCGGAAGUUCGCAAGGCAAAUCGGAUAACACCGAAGCUGGAUCUCGAGGACGCAAUUCCACCUCAUCCUCGAAUGCCAAUAAUAAUACUGCCAGCCGAUCCGUGGCUCAUUUGUCGCGGAGACACCGAUCGAAUGCCACCAGCCGGAUUCGUCAAUCUCACAGCCUGAAUCGUAUCAGCGAACUCCACGUGGUAGCAGAUUUCUCUUCCGAUCACGAUGACAUAUCGAACAAUAAUUCAUCGUGUCCAUCCUCUGUGGCCUCAGUCGUCAAUGGUGUUUAUUACCCCAAGCCUCCGAGUCUACUGCAACACCAACUGAUAUCGGAAAAUGACUCUGAAGGGGGAAGGUUCGACAUGUUGACCCGAUAUCUGGAAUCUCUGUCAGCUCACCGUAGUAACAACGGGAGUAGCACCAUCCGAUCACGGGAUGAUAGUCAGAAUUCUAGCGACGGGGAAUUCGAUGCCGACCUAUCCACUCGUUCUUCGUCUUCCCGCACUCGACACAAGGUGAAUUUGAGAGUGCUUGAGCAGCGAUUGAAUAAGAUUCAAGAAGAGUGCAACAAGUCCGCGGAUGAAGAGGAAGGAGAGGUUGAUGAAGAGAUGGGAGAACUCUCCGAUGAUGUGGCCACCCUUCCCGAUGAUUCUUUGGACCCUCGUCAGGAUAUGCUGGAUGCACUCGAGAAUGCCCGGAAUCUCCAAGGGUCCAAAGACGACGAUCAAGAAAAUGAGCACUCUAUAGUCUCUCGCACUAUUCUCGAAAUCUAUGACCCCAAAAAGUACACCCGGCGAGAUUCUGACCCAGACGAAACGGGCAGCACCAAAAGCUGUUUUACCACCGUCAUGAGCCGCGUGUCCCAAAAGCCUCGGAAGCCCCUGCACCGAGCCCAUUCUUGCGGGUCAUUGAUGGGUCUUAAAGAGCGGGCCUUGUUGAGUAAAAACUUGCCCGUGAUUUGGGAUAUUCUCAAAGCUGCCAAUGCCCGUGGCUCUGCUUCGACCCAAGUGAGUUCGCAAGGCGAGUUCUCGUUGCAAUUGGCGGCAGCCACGAAUCCCAUCACGACCAUGUUCCAAAUUCAGAGCACUUCUCGGUGCUGCAAUCUCUGCUAACGAGGAUGAUGGAUGAUUGGAAGUAAGAUCAACACAUCAAUCAGUGGCGAUAUCCCCCACACAACCUUGGAGGAGUAAUAAAAACAGAAGAUCUACGGGACACAAAGGGACGUUUUUUUCCGUGUCCACACAAUUCAAAAUCGAGAGGAUUAUUUCCUUUCCGCAAUCGAGGCCAUGGACACUCUUUUUUGAAGGGAUGAACUAGUAGCAGAGAAAUGCAAUGCAACCACCUGAUUGGGUGCCACGCAAAAAUCCCUUUUGUACUAUCCUACAUAGAAAAAGAAGCAAAACUAAUUCUAGGAUGGCCUUCCAUUGAAAUUAUCCUUGAAAAGAAAAUGCCUCUCUCACCCCCCAAUAAGAUUACAUCCGUUCAGAUGGGGAGGUGUGGACUGCGGAGGUGAUUCGGACGUGGCAAUUCGUCCUAUUCAAAGAAAGAACGUGUCAGAUAUUUAGUAAGAGCAUAGUUUAUAACCAUAUUUUGAAGUAUUGAAUGUUGAAUUGGCCAUAGUCUAUGUGGAGUUAGAAGAAUAUAACCGAUAUCUUACUAGGUACAAGUAAAACAAUGGAAGACGGGAGUGGCAUUCGGCAAUUUUACAGGAUUUGAAGGGAAGAGUGGUCCAAAUUACUCCCAAUUUCAAACUUUGACCCUAUAAAUAUACAUCCAUCUAUCCAUCUAUCGAUUGUGCAUAUAACCAUCAUGUCAUUGUAAUUUCAGUAGAUGGAUAUUGAUACUAAAUACAUGCGUACUAUUUGAAACCGAA